AUGUCUAGUGGAGUUGUUAAACGUGAUCCAGCUUGGGAACAUGGAGACCCAAUAGACGGAAACAAAAAUGGCUCAAUUUGCAAAUAUUGUGGUCGGGUAAUGAAGAGUGGUGGAGUGACACGACUUAAGUAUCAUCUUAGUGGAUUAGAUCCAGGAAAUAAUGUCCAACGAUGCGAUAGUGUUCCCCCAGAAGUGAAGGCAUUCAUCACCACAUUGUUAAAAAAUAAACAACACCAGGAAAAGAAAACACAUGGAAUAGAAAAUAUUCGAGCUGGACUACGAGGAGAAGUCAUUGGCCAAGCAGUUGACAGUGAUGAUGAUGACGAUGAGGAUGAAUAUGAUGAUGACAUGGGACCUGAAGAGCGACGCAAUUUUAAACAAGCAUUACGUGCCUCCAAACAGUCAGCAUGGGAAAGAGAACACCUCCACAAACUUCCUAAUAGAGCACAAGUUUUCGGGACAAGUGGUGGUGCACAGAUGAGACGGGGAGCAAGUGUUAGGGAAUCACAACCAACACCACCAAUGGCCCCAAGUUUAUAUAAAUCAUCCAAAGCACGCCAAAAGAGUGUUUGGAGUUAUUUCGCUGGAGGUAAUGUGAAGGAGGGAAUGGGGCGUCUAAUUAGCAAAUUCUUUAUCUAUGACAAUGUCCCUACUGAGAAGGCAUCAUCACAUCAUUUCAAAAAUAUGGUAUUGGGAUGUCAACAGGCCAGUGUUGGAGUACAACCUCCUACUCCCUAUGAGGUAAGAAACAAAUAUUUGGAAAUGGAGUAUAAAGACAUUAGCGAGUAUGUCAACAAGUUGAGGUCAAAGUGGGAAACUAAUGGUUGCACAAUCAUGUGUGACGGAUGGACUGGCCCGACCAGAUUGUCUAUCAUAAACUUCAUGGUAUACUCAAAGGGAAAGACAAUUUUUUUGAAGUCUGUUGAUGCUUCAGACCAUAUAAAGAACUACAAGUAUAUUUACAAACUAUUGAGGGAUGUGAUCAUGGAGGUGGGAGAGCAUAAUGUUGUCCAAGUCGUGACCGACAACGGUUCUGCAUUUGUCAAAGCCGGAAAAAAGUUAAUGAAGCAUCAUAAUGUAUUUUGGACAUCAUGUGCAGCACAUUGUAUUGAUCUCAUGUUUGAGGCAAUGGGGAAGAGAGAGAAUAUUUCCAAUGUCAUAAAAAGAGCUAGAACGAUCACAAAUUAUAUUUACAAUCACGGUUGGUUGUUGGCAAAGAUGCGUGAAUUUUGCAAAGGAGAAAUUAUUCGUCCAGCUACCACUCGAUUCGCCACAAAUUAUAUUGCAUUAGACAGCCUACUUAAAAAGAAAUCAGGGUUAAAGCAACUAUUCACUAGCGAAGAUUGGGCCAACCACAAUUUCAGCCGCUCAAAUGCAGGUCGUAUGGUGGAAAGUAUAGUGCUUGAUCAUUCUUUUUGGACUCAAUCAGAACAUGUGUGCCAAGUGUUUGAACCUCUUUACAAAGUUUUACGGAUCGUUGACACAGAGGUGUAUCCUACUAUGGGGGCAAUAUAUGAGUUAAUGCGUGUAGUGAAGGAGGAAUUGGAAAAAAAACAUGGUGCAAGGUGGGUCAUAAAGAUAAUUGAUGACCGAUGGUAUAAAACAUUAUAUCACGAUUUGCAUGCAGCAGCAUAUUAUUUGAAUCCUCGAUACCAAUACAGACCCGGUGUUGGAGAUGAUGGUACCCUUAUACGUGCUGUACACAAAGUAUAUUCUAAAUUAGACCCUGCAUCACCAGCAGUUGGCCAAUUUGGAAAUGAGCUAACAUGGUUUAAAGAUGCAAGAAGAACUUUUGGAGAACCAACAUCAGUUGCUGCUCGAACAAAAAUGUCUCCUAAUCAUGUCGACCGUGGUGACCCACUAGAUGUGUUUGAUAUUGCUGCUGAAGAUGAUGAUACAGAAGGUAACCAACUUUAUCAAUGGAUAAGACCUCUUCAUUUAGAUGAUGAUGAAGGCAACCCAGCUCUAAGAGUUGCUGAAGAAGCACGUAAUGAAGGGAUAAAUGUAGAAAGAGUAUUAGAGGAGGAGGUGGGAUCUAGCAGCGCUGACUCUUUGGAAGAACUUUUGCGCCCAAGACCAAGAAAUAAAGGAAUUCCUCCUUCUUCCAAUCCUACUCAACCACAAGAUCCUGCUGAUACUAAUGAUAGCUCUAGUACAAGAUCAAGAGACUCGCCUACCACUGGAGGUGGGAAUGAUGAAGGAUAUAGUGGAGCUGGAGGUAGUGGUGGAUAUGGAAACUAUGUUGGACCGUCUCCCGAAUUUAUGAGCCCCUUCACUGGUGAGGCAAACUUCACGCAUGCAACACAAGAUGAGGACCAUGGGAGUAGGGGGCAGGACCAGGACUUGGUGCCAUAG